AUGUUCCUUAAUAUAUUAAUAAAUAAAUAGUCCAAAUGAAAAUGCAUUAGGGCUUUCUCAUUCAAAAACUCCAUGCAUUUAUCGUUUGACACACGGCCAAUUUGAAUUUGAAAUUUCGUAUUUUCUCUCUCCUCUUCCUCUUCCUCUUCCUCGUGCUCGAAUGGCAGAAACUCAGUUCCAGAUUAAUUUUUCAACUGUUGUCAUCCCUGGGCCUGCCUAAAACAAAUAACAUAAUCAAACGACACCGUCUUCCUCCUUCAAUGUUGCACAUUUGCACUUCACACUUUCAGUAAACUCAGAAAUUCUUGAGACAAAUUUGAUUAAAGAAAGCAUUAGGAUGGGAUACAAUGAUUUUGGAGAUUUCUAUUAUGCUCAUGGGCAGCUUGGAGAUGCAUUCAAGAGUUAUGUCCGCAUGCGUGAUUAUUACACCACAGGAAAGCAUAUUGUUAAUAUGUGUUUAAAUGCGAUUCUUGUCAGUAUUGAGAUGGGUCAGUUUUCACAUGUUACAAGCUAUAUAAGCAAAGCAGAACAGACACCAGAGGCCUUAGACCCUGUCAUUGUUGCAAAACUUGGCUGUGCAGCUGGAUUGGCUCACUUAAAGGCUAAAAAGUACAAACUCGCAGCUCGCAAAGUGUGUUUUCUCAGUUGGGGUCUAGUUGGUCUUCUGGAAGUUGGUCUUGAGCUGGCUAACCAUUAUUCUGAAGUGAUUGCUCCACAAGAUGGUGCAACCUAUGGUGGACUUUGUGCACUUGCUACGUUUGAUCGAACAGAACUCAAGGCAUGUAUUGAACAUCUGGCUUUCCUAUAAUCUUGUUUUGAUGUGCUACUAUAGAGUGUCACUUCUAAAUUUUCCAAAGUAAAGUUAUCGACAAUCUCAACUUCAGAAAUUUUUUGGAACUUGUUCCAGAGAUAAGGGAGGUCAUCAAUGAUUUCUAUUCAAGGUAAUCUGAUUUCUUUCACUUUAGCACUUUUGUUUUCUCUGUUUCUUGGAAAGUUCACCUCCCCGCAUUCUUGUUGCUUCCUGUACAGGCAUUUUGUUUUCAGCUUCUAAAUCAUUUUACAUAUAGGCUGUUGAAUAGGUGUGUAUUUUGGUGUGCCUGAUGAUAUAUUUCUUUUGCCUGGGGUUAAAAGAAAUGUACGAUGUACUUAUAUUUUAUGCAAGGGUGGAACAAUGUCAUUGACAUGCCUGAGUGACCUGACUUUUCUUUGUAUUGUACGAUUUUCACUGUUUCUCUCCAGUUUGAGUCUAAUGGCAUAGACACUGAUAUCUUUACUUUUCUGGUAACUUGAUAAUAUAUCUGAAAUAAUUGGACAGUGGAACUGGGGGAAUGUUGAUGUCUAGGGUAAUUGAUCCAUCUUAAGUAAACAAUUCACUUCUUAUGAAAGGCUCGUCUCAUAAACAGGAUGAUUUUUUUACCCUGGACAACUGCUGAUUUGGAAGAUGUGUUCAAGUCACUGGUUUGGUAAUGUUCUUAUGCAUCUUAGACUCAAUCUUUUAAAGUAAAGCUCUUUUUGUGCAAAAAACUUUAGUAAACUGGACAAUUACCUUGAAUUCUAGGUUUCCACUCUGAGAUGUACUUCAGACAAACAUGAUAAUUUAGUUUUCUUUCUCCAGAAGAUUACAUAUUACAAUCUUAUCUGGUGGUCUAUGAUGGCAAGCUUAACUUAUGUAGGAAAUGCAAGUCAUUUUAUCCACAUUUAACUGUCUAAUAAUAUAGGCUUUAGCAUAUAAAUAUGUGAUAAUCAAACUAAC